UGAUAUUGUCUGGAAGUCCAGUCAGUGAUGUUUAAUCGAUUAACAGAUAUGACAAUUCCUACACACAACAUACCACGGAAUAGAUCUGACUGUGUGUUCACUAAUAUUCCUGUGGCCAGAUUGGAGUUUUGCAGGAGAAAUCUGAAAAGGACACUUAAUAUCAGCUGAUGAUGGAAAGAAUUAAAUAUGUUCUGGUGGGAUUGCUGAAAAGUGUGGGGGAGAUGUUCGACAUCCAGGACGCCUCAUUGUGAUGAUGUGCAAGUUCCUGCUGAUCUGGAUAGGGGCCCUCUUUCUUUUGCUACUCCUCCCAGUGACGGCAGCCAACUACUUCAUCGACGUUGAUAGCUACAUCAAGUUCAACGCCAGUCGCUUCCAACUCUUGGGUGCCGAGGAUCGUCUGACCUUCAACUUCACUUUCUGCAACAGCCGUGGCCUUCUCCUCUACCAAGCAGGGGCAGAUAACUUCUUCUCUCUCGGUGUAUAUAGUGGCAAUAUCUACCUUGAGUGGAAGACCCUCAACAGAGUUAUAGAGCUGACAAUCGGUGAUGGCAGCCUGAUGCCCAACACAAGCUACACUGUUGACAUCACAGGACUUCGUAGUCGCAGCUUCACCCGAGCUACUGUAAACGGCCGUGUGAUGCUGGUCACGUACCUGGUGGAGCUGGACCAACAGCUGGAUCUCUCUUCCUUGGCUGGAGAGCUCUACAUAGGGGGAUAUAAAUCUCUCAAUGACCUCAAGCUGGACACCUCUCGUUUGUCGGCAUACCUGGUCACGUGUCUGGAGUAUGUGGAAACUGCAACACGCAGACUCAAUCUGACUGGGGACUACAUGCAACAUGUGCAGACCAGCUGUCCAUCUGACCUGUGCUCCAAGUCCCCAAUCAUCACCAUGACAACCAGCCAGGCCUACGCCCUCAUGGACGUCCAGUUGACGCCACGCACAAACACAAUGAUUCUAGUCAAGUUUCGCACCAAGGCAUCACAAGGCCUCAUCUUCUACCUGGGUGGUCCAGCCUAUCUCGUGCUGUACUUGGAACUGAGUGGUCGGCUCACACUCGGACUUAAUACUAAGGGUACUGGACCGGGAGUGUUUUCCACAACUACUGGGACUGUGUUGUACAAUACAGGGGAGUGGAUGUCGGUGCAGGUGCGUCGUCAAGGCAACACCGCAGUCCUGCUGGACGGAGCAGGGAUACAGCUGGCUGAAGCUCAGUAUGCUUCUAGUGGAACUGGUGUGGCCCAAACUCUCAAUGCAGCAGAAUUGUUUAUUGGUGGAGUUGUCUCCCCCUCGCUGAUAUCGUCACUACCGCAGUCAGCCCAGGUGUCUCUACGAGGAUGUUUUGAUGAGCUUCGGUUCGCUGUCUACAGUAUAGCAUCAGAACCUGCCAAGCUCAUCAACUUUGAACAUUUUAAAUCUGAGAGGGGUGUAAAACAUGGAGGCUGCUUCUCAUCAGAUGUCUGUCAGCCAUCGUGUCCAAGUCCCUCCAAGCAAUGUAACAUGUCGUGUGAGUGUUCACCAGGGUUUACCACAGCUUCAGCAUCACCACUGCAGUGCAGCAACAUUGACGACUGUGUCCCAUCACCUUGUCUACACGGUGCCACCUGUUUGGACAAGAUCCUGGACUAUGAGUGCAUCUGCACCCAGGCAUACAACAAGGGCAAGAACUGUUCUGUCCGGAACUACUGUCUGCCCAGCCCCUGUGUCAACCAGGCAACAUGCUCCGACUCCAUGGCAGGGUACAACUGCACUUGUCCUCCGGGAUACACCGGGAACACAUGCAACCAGGAUAUCGAUGAGUGUCUGGCGUUUCCGUGUCAACACUCCUCCACCUGCAUCAACAACAUCGCCAACUACACCUGCCUCUGUGCAGCAGGGUACACCGGGAGAGACUGUCAAACUGACAUUGACGACUGCGUGACGACUCCUUGUGAAAACAAUGCUACCUGUGCUGACCUCGUUAACAACUACACAUGUACCUGCACUCCAGGCUGGACAGGGUCGAAUUGCCAGAGCAACAUAGAUGACUGUAAGUCUGGCCCAUGUCAACAUGGUGGCACGUGCAUGGACGAAGUCAACGCCUUCCGCUGCCAAUGUCCGAGCGGGUACACUGGAUCUAUGUGUGAGAGCGAGGUUGAUGAAUGUGGGUAUGGGCUCUGCCAAAAUGGAGCUACCUGCACGGAUGCUUUCAACGAUUACAGCUGCACAUGCUUGGGAGGAUGGACAGGGAAGAACUGCAGUGCGGACAUCGACGAAUGUGCAACAGCACCGUGUGCUAAUGGUGCAACUUGCAUCAACCUCGUCAAUCAGUAUCGGUGUGCGUGCACUCCCGGGUACACAGGGCUGAGGUGCGUUGAGGAUAUUGACGAGUGUGAAGGCACACCGUGUGUGAACGGAGGUACCUGUGUAGAUGCAGUCAAUGACUAUACCUGUGCGUGCCCCCCUGCCUGGACAGGUAAAAGGUGUGAUGUGGAGGUUAACGAGUGUGAUUCCUCACCUUGUCGGAACAAUGCCUCAUGUGUGGAUCAGAUUGGAUUUUACCGAUGUACCUGUGUGGCUGGAUAUACAGGAUCUGACUGUGCGACAGACAUAGAUGACUGUCAGGUGGCGCCAUGUAAAAAUGGUGGCACUUGUCAAGAUGGCAUCAACAGCUUCACUUGUGUCUGCGCUAGCGGUUUUACGGGUGCAACAUGUUCCGUGGACAUCGACGACUGUGUGUCAGGCCUGUGUUUAUUUGGCUCUACGUGUGUGGACCUGGUCAAUAGCUACACCUGUUUGUGUGCGGCCGGAUACACGGGAAGGUCAUGUGACCACGAUAUAGACGAAUGUGCAUCUGGACCCUGCUACAAUGGUGGCACGUGUGCAGAUGGACGAGCUUCGUACUCCUGUCAGUGUCCUUUGGGAUUCACAGGGCGCCGGUGUGAGGUGGACAUUGAUGACUGUCGUGGGCCGGUGCGGCAUCUGUGUGUGAAUGGUGCCACUUGUGAUGACCGUGUCAACAACUACACCUGCAUCUGUGGCCCUGGCUGGGAGGGCCGCUACUGUCAACAGGAGACUGAUGAGUGCAAACCACGACCAUGUGCUAAUGGUGGUUUGUGUAUCGACGGCUUCAACAACUUUACCUGUAAAUGCCCCAACAACUUCAAGGGAAUCACGUGCAGCGACGAUGUUGAUGAGUGCAAGGGAGACAACUCACCAUGCCUGAACAUGGGCAGAUGUAACAACACGUUUGGUUCUUACACCUGCGACUGUGGGGAAGGGUACUCUGGAAGCCAUUGUGAGUCCGAUAUCAACGAAUGUCAAGGUCUUCCAUGUCACUUCAAUGGGACGUGUGUGAACCUGAUUGGUGGAUAUCGAUGUGACUGUGUGGAGGGCUUCAUGGGAAAGAACUGUGAGGCAGUCAUACGACAGUGUCAGUUCGUCAACCCGUGUGGGGACAAUGCUGUAUGUGUGGAGAAGCCUUCUGGCGGAUACACAUGUUUUUGUAAACCUGGUUACCAUGGCAACAGAUGCGAAACUGAGAUCAACGAGUGUUCCUCGACUCCUUGUCGUAAUGGUGGCACUUGCCGUGACAGCAUCAACUUCUAUAAUUGUUCCUGUGUGGAAGGUUACGGAGGGAAGAACUGUGAGGUGGACAUCAAUGAAUGUGCAAGUCAGCCAUGUUUGAAUAAGGGCGUGUGUUAUGAACCUGCCCUCAACACCUUCGGCUGUAAGUGUCGGCCAGGCUUCACUGGCAUCAGUUGUGAUGUGAACGUAGAUGACUGCAUCUCCAACCCAUGCCAGCACUACCAGGUGUGUGUGGAUAGAGUCAACCACUACAGUUGCGAGUGCGCCCCAGGCAUGACAGGAGAUGUGUGUAACGUCCAUAUUGAUGAUUGCCAUAGCAACCCAUGUAACAACCACGGCACCUGCAUUGACGUCGGCAACAUGUACGUCUGUCAGUGUCCAUACCCAUACACAGGCAGGAACUGUGACACUGAUGUGGAUCCCUGCUUCCCUAACCCCUGUCUCCAUGGUGGCACCUGUUUCCUUGACAACAGCAUUGUCGAGGGCUACAGAUGUACCUGUACGGGUGGUUUCAUUGGCAAGCGUUGUCAAGGGGAUGUGUAUGACUGCCGGUCCAACCCCUGUCAGAACGGUGGUACAUGUGUCGAGAACACGGAUGGACAUGCAGGCUUCAAAUGUCGGUGUUCGAGAGAGUUUGCAGGGACGUACUGUGAACUUGAGUCCAACGACUGCAUGUCCACGCCAUGUCAGAACGGAGGAAGUUGCACACCAAACCAAAAUGGCUACACGUGUCAAUGCCCUUUAACAUACACGGGUCAGGACUGUCGCCAAGACGUCGACGAAUGUGACCAAUCAGCAACUCUGUGUCAGAAUGGUGGUCACUGCUUCAAUCUGAUUGGUGGAUAUAGUUGUGUGUGCAGCCCCUAUUGGACAGGCCCCAACUGCCAGGUGGACAUCAAGGAGUGUCAGCUGAGUCCCUGCCGGAACAAUGCAACCUGCAUGGAGGUGGUGGGUGGGAGCCCCCGGUGUGUCUGUCCUCCAGGUUUGACUGGUGCUACUUGUGAGUCAAGGGACUACGGGUGUGAGAUCUCACCGUGUCGGUCUGGGGGGACCUGUGUGCAGCAGGGGGAUGCCUACAUCUGUCGGUGUUACCCCGGAUACACAGGUGCAAACUGUCAGACCAACAUAGACGAGUGCAGUUAUUUCCCCUGCAAGAAUGGUGGCACAUGCACCGAUGCUAGCAAUGGCUUCCGCUGUCAGUGUGCUCCCAACUUCGCCGGGUUGACCUGUACGGAGCUGAUCAGCCCCUGUGACCCCAACCCCUGCCAGCAUGGGGGUACCUGUCAGGAGGCGGGGCAGGGAGUCUUCAAGUGCUCAUGUCCGCAGGGCUACACAGGCACUCAUUGCGAGACGGACAUUGAUGAGUGUGAGUUGGCCAGACCCUGCCAGAACAAUGCCACCUGUGUCAACCUUGUCAACAACUUCAGGUGUGAAUGUAUGCCAGGAUAUACAGGUAUAGCCUGUAGCGUGGACAUCGAUGAGUGUGCUGGUUCACCCUGUGGUAUGGGAAGCAGCUGUGUGGACCUCGUUAACAAAUACAGGUGUGACUGUCGCCCAGGUAUGACAGGUUUGAACUGUACAACAGACAUCAAGGAAUGUGAGUCCACACCUUGUCUUCAUGGCGGUCAGUGCUCGGAGCCACAGAUCGGCCAGUUCUCGUGUGUCUGUCCGAGUGGUGUGUCAGGGGCCACCUGUGAGAUGGUCAAUACGGCCAGCUUUGAUGGUUUGAGUUAUGUCCAACUGCAGCCUGACUUUUCGGUGACCGGGAGGCGUCGGCGCCGGAGGGAAGCGGUCAACGUGAUAGGGAUGAGGUUCACCUUUACGACAACUGUGCCCACUGGCCUCAUCAUGGUGGUGAUGGGGGCGGACCAAGAAGGUCGACCCCAACACUUCAGCCUGGAAUUGUACCAAACUGCAUUCUGGGUAACUGAGAAUCGUGGUCUGGAGACGUCACAGAAGAGCAUCCCGCUCGGCCAGGCCAUCAGCGGCAUCUACAGCCACACCGUGGACAUCAUCAUCAUGCCCAGCUUCACCAGCGUCACCCUGGACCCCAACAACUGCAACAACAUACCUUCCUGCUACGUGUCCUUCACCUACAACCAGAGCAUGGCCUUCACCUUUGAACGGCAGAUGUACCUCGGAGGGAUACCUAGCGUAACUCCAUACAUCCGCAGCAAACUCAAGACAGUUCAGGGAUUUGCUGGUUGUCUGGGGAACCUGAUGAUCAACAGCAAGACCAUGAGCCUGCUUCCCCCUGGGAACUCCUCCUCCUCCUCCUCCUCCCCCUCCCCUACCAUCUCCAGCCAGUUCAUGAAGCGCCCCACCCCGGGAUGUUCGGCCCACGAGCCAUGCAGCACCAACCUAUGUCGCAACGGUGGGACCUGUGUUGAUCUGUGGACCAGGAAGUACUGCCAGUGUCGGCCGGGAUUUGCCGGGGAGACGUGCGAGUUCCAGAACAUGGCGCACUUCUCUGCGGGCUCCAUGCUGCACUACAGUGGCCUGGUGGAGAUCAGGGAACUCUCCUUCUGGCUCAGCGCCACCAACUCUUCAGGGAUGCUGCUGUACACUGUGACUAAUGAUGCCCUGGCCAUGAUGAUUGACCGUGGGCAGAUCCGGCUGCACAUUGUGUCUGGGAACACAGACACUGUCAGCCGAGUGGGCCAGAAUGUGAACAAUGGAGACUGGUACAAGGUCAGCCUUGUCCUCACUGGUGGGAGAUACAGGAUCCAAGUGUCGACGCCAGACACAGGUGUGUUUGGGUCAGGUAGCGGCACGGUCAGCAGCUACAUCCUUGUCACCAUGCCGCUGUUCAUCGGGAAGCUGCAUGACCACCCCGCCAUCGACAAGUGGAGACUUAGACCCAGCAAACUACCCACCUUUGAGGGGUUUGAAGGAUGCCUGCGAGACCUGACAAUCAACUACAACCCUAUCGACCUCAAGUCCAAUGUUGCUUCCAUAUUUGGCAACGAUCCUCCUCCCCCCACCCCUGGAUGUAGGCGGGAGGAAACGUGUAGCCCCUCCCCCUGCCAGAAUGAGGGCAUGUGUGUUUCAGGGUGGGAGGGGCACACCUGUCAGUGUCCGGCCAACUACCAUGGACAGAAUUGUACAGAUGUAUCCUCGUCGACCUUCAAUGGUAACGCCAGCUACAUCCACGUCACCAUCAACAGAUCCAUGUUUCCAUUUGGAGAUACAGGCAGCUUCGAUUUCAAGACCAGACAGGCUACGGCCACGCUCGUCUACCAUGAGCUCUUCUACAGCAAUGGGCUGCUUAGCAACCUCAUAGAGUACCGCACUUACAAGGAGAAACUCCAGAUUAGUAUCACAGGAACAGGCAGAUUUUCAGAACCUGUGACGUUUUCCACUACUGUUGCUGAUGGCAGCUGGCACAGCGUGUAUUGGCGAAGACAAGACAACCAGCUGAGGAUUACUAUGGAUACGGAGACAAGGAUGAUACAGACCAACUUUAACCCGUACGACAACAGGCUUAACACCACUAUCAUGCUGUACCUGGGAGCCAAGCCGUUCAGACCAGGUGAUUCCAGUUAUCUGAUUGGCUACUUCAAGGGUUGUUUACGUAAUGUGACCUUCAACAACCAAUACCUGAACUACCUGCCAAGCCACGCCCCUCAGCCCGGAGUGGUGGCCAGGAACAACAGUGUACAAGUUGGUUGCCAUGGUGACGACGUCUGCCACAUCAGCCCCUGCUCUGCGAACUCCUACUGUAAAGAUAAAUGGAACGAUUACUCCUGCCUGUGCAUGGAAGGCUGGGAGGGAGAGAACUGUCUUCAGAGUUCGGAUGAUUGUCAAGGUCAGAUGUGUCAGAAUGGUGCCACAUGCAUCGAUGGUCACAAACAGUUCACAUGCGCAUGUCCGCCUGGGUUUACAGGGCAGUUGUGUGAAUCGAGUUACCACCCCUGUAACUCUAAUCCCUGCUCCCCAACCAACACAGAACAGUGCCUGUCUACCACGCUCAUCGACUACGAGUGCAAGUGUAAGUCGGGAUGGACAGGCAAGAAUUGUACCGAGAAUAUAGACGAGUGUCAAGGCAAUCCUUGUCAGAAUGAGGCUACAUGCCUGGAUCUUAUCAAUAGUUACAAAUGUGAAUGCCCCAAUGACUACUUUGGUGACAAUUGUGAGUACAAGUAUGUUUGCUCAUCCAAGCGGUGUUUCAAUGGAGGCCGAUGUGUUUCCAGCGAUGACAACACAAACUACACCUGCAUGUGUGACGAGAGAUACAUCGGCCGCAACUGUGAGACGUUCAACUACUGCUACAGCCACCAAUGUAGCCCCAACUCCACCUGCGUCCAGAGCAACACCGCUUAUGCCUGUAACUGUAGUUCAGGCUUCUAUGGUGCUUAUUGUCAGUUCCGUGAUUACUGUGAAAGCCAGCCGUGUGUGAAUGGUGGCGAAUGUCGUAACGACAAAGAUGGAUUCCGAUGCCAGUGUUCGUUUUUCUACACUGGAAACCAAUGUGAAACUGCUGUGAACCAGUGUAAGUUCAACCCGUGUUAUAAUGGUGCUACGUGUUUCUUCAACGAAAGUUCUCCCGAUCAGAAAUACACAUGCCUGUGUCACAAUGGCCAUACCGGACAGCAUUGUGAGACUGACAUCGAUGAAUGUGCGGACAACCCGUGUCAGAGCGGCGGAACAUGUCGACAGAGCUCGACUGACACUUCAGUGCCGUUUUACCCUGGGUUCAAGUGUGCUUGCAAAUCAGGGUUUAGUGGACUUCGAUGUGAAAAUGACACUAACGAGUGCGACAGCCAGCCGUGUAGACAUGGUGGAGUGUGUGAAGACUACAUCGACGGGUAUCGAUGUGUCUGCUCCAAGGGCUUCCUAGGUAUCAACUGUGAAUAUGACUAUCGAGGGUGCAGCUCGUCUCCGUGCCAAAACAAUGGCCGAUGUGCCGAAAAUGAGGACAAAUCGUAUAAAUGUGAAUGCCCAUCCGGCUUCAAUGGAACAUACUGUGAAAUAGAUAUAAAUGAGUGUGAGUCACACGUGUGUAAAAAUGGGGCGAGUUGUGUUGACCUUAUUACCCGAUAUGAAUGUCAGUGUCUUCCAGGGUAUACAGGGACAUUCUGUGACAAUAUUGCCGAUUCGUGCUUCAGUCAGCCCUGUUUUAACGCAGGGAGAUGCCGCUAUCAGGGUUUGUGUAGCUGCUCUGACGUCAUCAGCCACUGCGGCUGGCACAACGAAACAUGUCAGGCUCAGUCUUGUUUCAACAGACCAGGAUGUACAACACACUCUGUUUCGUAUCUCUGCGACUGUGAGGGGACCGGCUUCAAGGGGCCGCAGUGUACGGAGGAUGAGGAUGAGUGCGCUAUAGUGGGCAAGUGUCAACACGGUGGAGUGUGCGACAACACGGUUGGAGGCUUCACGUGUGACUGUGCAGGAAAGGGAUUCACUGGCGACAGGUGUCAGAUUGACAUCAAUGAAUGUAACGGAACCAACCCUUGCUAUAAUGGAGGGCUUUGUGUGAACUCUGUCGGAGCAUUCAGCUGUACCUGCCCUGCGGGAUGGACCGGGCCAACAUGUGGUCAAAACAUUGAUGACUGUGAAACCAAGCCGUGUCAGAACAGGGGGCAAUGCAUAGACCUCAUGAACAACUAUGUCUGCAUCUGCAGUGGCACAGGUUUCCAUGGUGACAGGUGCCAAAAUAACACCGACGACUGUGGCGGCCAUGUUUGUCAAAAUGGCGGCCGGUGCAUGGAUGGAGUGAAAACAUACACAUGCAACUGUACAGGAACUGGGUACACUGGCGCCCUCUGUCAGACCAAGGAGAAACCAUGCAAGAGUGGUCCAUGCAUGAAUAACGGAACGUGCAACGAUGUGGCGGAAACAUUCACAUGUGACUGUGCUGGCACUGGGUACAGCGGGACUAUUUGCCAGGUGGAUGUAGAUGAAUGUGUGAUGGGGUCACACAGUUGUAGUGAAGGGUCUAGCUGCCUCAAUGUCCGGGGGGACUACAACUGCAGCUGUGCAGCUGGGAAAGGUGGUCGUUUCUGUGAGGCAGCUGUAGCGCUUCCGGUGAGCGGUGAUGUUUCUGGUGGUAACGAGGGAGUUGUUGCAGCGUGCGUGGUGAUAUUGCUGUUAUUGGUGGCUGCAGCGUUGCUGUAUGCGGCAUGGUACACAAAACGCAGUCGCAAGAUACAGGGAAGGUACAAGCCAGCCAAGGUCGAACAGAGGUCAAGUGCAGAGAUUCCCAUGGAGAAAAUGAUUGACCCCACAAAUGGUGAGAGACUCAUAUGAUUAAAGAGAGGAGAGAGACACAUUUGAGGAAAAUGGGGAGACCAUAAUAAAAGACAUGAUGAGAGACUUGUAUGAGACAAAUCGAAAAGGGUCAGGACUUCAGUGAGACAUGGAGAAAGACUUGUAUGAGACAAAUGGAGAGAGAGUGAUAUGAGACACCAGAAACAAGACUUGAAUUUAGACAGAUAGAGAGAGAUCUUUAUGAGACAAAUGGAGAGAGAGAGUCAUAUAAGACUUGAAUUAGACAGACAGAGAGUGAUGUCUAUGAGACAUAGAUACUUGUAUGAUACAAAUGGAAAGGAAUCAUAUGAGACAACAGGAGAGAGACUUGAAUUCAGACAGACGGAGAGACUAUUAUCAAACAAUUGGAGAGAGUCAUAUGAGUCAGGUGAGAGAGACUUCUAUGAGACAACUGAGAUGGACCUCCAUGUCUGAGGAGUUCCAGCUGGAACUAGGACACUGCCAUGAUAGAAGUCGGACGUCCAGUUGGAUAGAUAACUUCUAGUUACCAUUGUGAGAAUGUGACAAGGAAGAAUAUUUAAGGCUCAUUCCUCCUUCUUGUUCCCUCCACAAUGUGAUUACAAUGACUUGUGAAUCUCACUGAAUUUUACUCACGACUGAUGAGUGAUGUAGUGACUAACAGAACCCUUGUUUAAUGUACCAAGGCCACAUGUCCUGCACAAGGAGUGACUCAUGAUCAGGGACCUGGCUUGCUGCCAGUGGCCUACAUAGUUCCACCACUGUCUUGAAUCUUCAAGCAUUGAACAUAUCAUUUGCACAUUUCAUUCAUACAAGUUUGACCUUGACCUAUACUUCACCUUGAAUGCUCUAGAGGUUGUGUGAUGACCUUGACCUUGAGUGUUCUGUAGAUCUUGUCCAAGUGGUUAUCAGGGCAUGCUUAGUGACCUUGACCUUAAGUGCUCUGCUGAUGUUAUGCAGGUGAUAUCUAAAUAUUUCUGGUUACCAGUUGCUGUCUCUUAUGGAAACCAGCUUAUUCCAUAGUCACCCUGGGAUAAAGACUAAUCAUAAUGAAAUAGGAGAUAGAGAUUAAUAGCAAUUAUCAAAAGUAGGGGCUUUGCUGUUGCUAGGCAGUGUGCUAAUUGCUAUUUGAAAGAAAAGCUUUGAAUAUAAUUUUAGGUUAUUAGCCAUUCAAGCAUUUUAAACUGGCUUUAUCUUUUCUGCCAAAUGCUAUGUUUCACCCCAAUGAUAAGAAAUGAAUUUACCAUAUUCAAUGCAUUAAGCGCCCUGCUCCAAUAAGCACAUGCAGGCCAACUGCUUGAUCAAUCAUUAAGUAAUCUGUAUAGGCGCUCUCGUAUAGGAUCAAACAAAUUGACAUGAUUUACAUAUUUUCUUGUGUAUAUUACACUUUUGUCACUGAAAACAGUGCAGGAGGGGAUAUAUAACUGCCAAGUGACAGUUAUCGAAAACGUUUUGGUUUAAUCGACGUUUGAACUUAGUUUGUUCUCUACUGCUUGAUCACUGAAAACACAUUUAACUCUUUGUGUAUGGUUUUAAUAAGUGCUUCCCUUUGCCCGGGGCACUUAUUACAGCGAAUAAGGUAUUUAAUAAUUGUGAAAUCUUGGUGAAAGUAGGCUCAUCGGCACAUGUGCAAUAUUGCAGUUAUCAGUUGCCGACUGUCUGCAACUUCCAACAUGUACCAGGUACUACAUUGUGAUAGAAUGCUAGAAACUAGUACUACAUGUAGAGGUAAAAUGUAUCUGAUCUGUAUAAAUUCUGUCAGUAUUACACAGACUUGGGGUGGGUGAUCCGGAGAUUUAUCACACGUUGUUUUAUUGCAUCAUAAGUAGUGCUCUACUAGUCAUACACUUAACAGUAUUUUCUAAACUGUUUUAUUGUAGAUAAUAUUAUAUACAUCGCAAGUCAUUAUUUUUGUGCCAAAUGUAAAAAUUUUCAUUAUCUAGAAUACCUAAAUCCUUUAUCAUAUAAACAAAAUACUCUUCUGCAUUGUCAGAAUAAUCUGUCUUCCGUCAUACAUUAAUUUAGUGUUCAAGACCUAAAGAUUUCUUUGUAUAUACCAUGGAUUAGUGGGUCUGAUUACCUUAAAUUGAAAAUAAAAUGGUUGAAAUUGAUUCAGAUUAUCAGAUUUAUUGGUUAUUAUUUAUUUUGAAAUGGAAACGUUAAUAAUUUUUCAUCCCCGAAAUGAAAUGUUUGAUACACAUUUUUCGAUGUAAAGAAGUUUUAUGUGAUCCACUGAAAAAAAGAAUCUGUAAUGAGAGAAAUUAACAGUCUCAUUAAAAUCAGAUCUUACUGCUCGCUCUGGCUACACACAGAUUUGUGGACAUGCCAUUAUAGGUCAUGUCAGAACGACCGUCUGACUGACCAAUCAGAGCAUCACUUACGAGAUCACGUAGUGAAAAUCUGAAUGUGAUUCCAUCAAAACCGUCUAUCUCUUGCUUCAAUCAGAUAAAUAUUUGAAACAGAGACAUUCAAUAGCCCAUACUGCCACACGAUCUCAGCCAUCUAUUACAUUCAAGAAAUUUCUCUUGUUCAGUUUUAAAUUUUUUAAUCAAGACCUUGUCAAAAUAUUUUUCAUGACAUUGUCUGGAAUGGAAGUUGCCAGUUUGAAACUAGUGUCAGAAAGCUCAAGAAAGCUGCUUUCUGAUUGGUUAAUGGCAAUUUCUUGUUCGUCAUUUCAUUGGUUGGUCAAAGUUUGCAAAAGGUGUUCUGAUGUGACCUGUAAUGGGAUGUGUAGCGGUAGCAAGCUGACGAUCUGUUUUUAAUGAGAUUGGAAAAUAAACAACCAGAAGAAAAUCAGACUCAAAUCAUCCAUAUGAUGUCUCAGUUGUUUAUUGUUCAUAUACAUCAGUAGAUGUUCAAUUGUCACGUAACCAUGGCAAUUACAUGUUUAUUACCCAUGGACAACCAGUUAUCAAUGGCAUAGUCGUUUGAUACGACUCAUAUCAUAACAUGUUGCCUUCCUAUUUUCCAUGGUGAAUUUAUCACUAAUUGGUCAAGUAUAUCACUGAUUGGUCAUGUAUAACUAUGAUUGGUCAAGUAUAUCAAUGAUUGGUCAAGUAUAUCACUGAUUGGUCUAAUAUAUGAAUGAUUGAUCAAGUAUAUCAAUGAUUGGUCAGCGUGCUGGGCAGACAAGAAUUUCAUUCCACUGAUCUCAGUUGAACCAGAAUAUUUAUUUUCUUGUUUUUUUAAUGAUUUUUUAUUUUAUUGAUCUUUAAUAGUCUGUGUUUGUUCCCAAACAGUUUAAUAGCUAUAUUUACAAAGUUAAUUGAUUGUGUACUCAAUAAUUCUCCAUGAAUUCAGCAAGUCUUGUGUUGAUUAAUAUUAGUUUUAGGGAUAAACCAGUUUUGGUGAAAUUACUUUAUAUUUUCCACAGUGAUAUGUUUUGAGGAGUCCCUGGUCAGGUGAUAGUUAUUACAGAAUUGAAGCAUAAAGCGAUACAUGGGUAGUCAUAUGAAUAUCAACAGGUGGAAAUGUGUGAUCCAUCAAUACACAAUGAACCUUGACAGCCCUUGACAUGGAGAGUAGGGAAUAUCUUUGCCCAGUAACUGUUCACAGGUAAUUCAGACAACAUUUUGAACAGAUCACAGGUAAUUUUUCCACCCAUUUCACAAUCACAGAUAAUUAUCAUGUAAAUUAGUUCAUAUCUUAUAGAGAUAAGGAAUAAUUCGUUUUUUCUUAUCAAUCUGAUCGGGACCCAAACCAUAACAUUAUUAAGUUUAUGUUUUUGCAUGUGUAAUCUUGAACUGCAUCUCAUACUGUCGUUAAAUAUAAACUUGGUGACAACUUGUCAGACAGACCCCAACUGUCCGCCAAAUUUACUGCAUGGUAUUUCUGGUUUCGACAUAAAAGAUGAUAAUAAAUAAUAUAAAUUCAAAAGAGAGAAAAACAUUAAAUAUCGAAUCAUGACAAAUAAAAGGAGCCAAUAACUUAUAUCAAAAUAAGUAUUCCCUACCCGCUAAUAUACGUGCAUACAAUAGGUUCAUACCAUAAGCAAACCUAUGAUUGUGGGUUCGAAUCCCGGUUCGCCGCGAUUAUGUUUCUAGGUUUGUCAGCAUCAUACCCGUGCUCGUGGGUUUCACCGAAGUGGUAAACGUCUGAGACAUGCAUCACUUCGAGCUUUCCUUCCACAUUUAGCUGACAUGCCGUGAUAUAACUGGAAUACUGUUAAAAGCGGUGUCAAACCAAACUCACUCACUCACUCAUACCAUAAGCCUCCCAUCAGAUAUUAAUAUUCUGCUAUGUUUCCUUCAUUACAAAACUGAUGUAAUAGCUCUUCUCUGAUAUUAUGAAAUACUCCUCCAAAGAAGUUAAAGAACAGACGCUUUUUUCCAUAUGACUAUAGUCAAUCUGUUAUGUCAUGACAUUGUCAUAUAAGAAAAUCAGUUGUUCUAACUUCUUUUUCAUAGUUGACAUAGAGAAUCACACCCAAGUGUUUUGUAUAUAAAAUAUAUCAACACGAGUCAAUAAAAUUUUGAAGCUUCAGGAAUCGCUGAGUAGUUUUUAACUUACAUCGAUGAGUGUUGAUAUAUUUGGUGUAAAAAGAAACGAGGGUGAGAUUCUAUUGAUCCUUCAACUGAAAUAACCAGUGUCUUGCAAUGAUAAGGUUCAGAAAACCUGGUUUAGUGCUGUCGUUUGAUUGGGACGUCAUGGUAACCGAUGACGUCACAAUGAUCUGCAAAGCAAUUUCACCCAAGCGAUAUCUCCUGUUUAUGUUCAUUUGGGCCAUCAACACAGUAAGUAUUCUGGUUCAACACUAUGCACCAUUGUCUGUUACUGGUUUUCUUUUGUAUGUAACCAUUUGUCAUAUCAUUAUGUCAUACCAUUAUGUCAUAUCAUUAUGUCAUAUCAUGAUAUCACCCUAGCCUAAACGUCCUGUAAUAAUUAAAUGAAACUGACAACCAUUAAUGACAAUUGGACAAUCAUUUACAAAAUAACAUAUAUUUUAUGAUGACAUUUUAAAUUAUCAAGAAUAAUAAUGAGGUAAAUUUCAUAUCAUGAACUGAAUAUUUCAUCAAGUAGAUUUUCACCAGUGUUAACUUAGCUCUACUUCUUUCAGUUUUCGUUGAUAAUUUUUUAGAUUUAAGAACUUCCAUAUAAACAGGUUACCUAGCAACCUUUAUUCCAAUAGCCAAAUAUCCCCUGAUGUUUUCAAGUGUGUUCAUUGUUAAGACUAUCUGCUCACAACUACUGUUAACAUACAAUGGUAUAUUUUUAUACAGUAAGUGUUUACAAUUUUCAAAUCUCUUCAGUGUUGUGUGUUGUCCAAAGUGUCAUUUUUUCAAGUGCAAUGGAAUUUUUUAUAGGUAGGUAUUAUGUACAAGUUGUGUGUACACAUGAUUUCUGCCUUUCUAAAAGGUUUGUUUUGAAGAUAACAUGAUUUGUUAUCAUUCCUUGUCAAUGAAAUUGAAGCAAAACAGUACGUUCUGUCUGUUGGCCUUGUUACCUUGUUUAUGAGCUCUAUGUAUAUGUAGAAGCUUUCUUGUAUAUGUCAAUCAGGUGAAGUCAGGGAGGUUGUCUAUAAAGUUGAAUUUCCUGUUUCCUGCUUACUAACCGUCAGUACUUCUGGGUUUGUAUUCAGUUCCACCAUCAUCCAGAACUGGGCCCCGUUCCACAAAGCGAUCUUAGUGCUACGUUGAUCAUAAGCCUAUGAUAAAGUAUGGGAGUUACGACCAACUUUAGCACUAAGAUCACUUUGUGGAACGAGUUCCAGGUCCCUUGGGACCUUUGAUGGUUGUAAAAGACGACCAAAUGGAUCGCGUGGUCGUCUCUCUGACUUGGUUCAUAGCGUGUCCUCGUACAUUGACAGCAUAGAUCAUUGCUAACAAUUAUUACUAGAUUGUCUGGGCUUAAUUAUCUACAGAUUGCAGCAAUAUAGCUGGAAUAUAGCUGAGUGUGGCGUUAAACUAUCAACUAACAAACAAACUAAGAAUACUAGUACAUAUAGCCACUAUUGCAGUCGCUAUUUUUAACAAACGAAUCAAGCGAGGGCCUGGUUCCAGUGAAAGGGAAACUAGCGAGUCCUGAUCAACAAGGACUGAGAUUGCAUUGGCAAUAUUUCUUGUGGCACAUGUGCCCUAGUCUUGCUGUCAUCUACUGUACGCAUUUGACUUUGUGAGUUGUACAUGGCCUCAUUUCAUUACCUGACCAUAAUACGUGUGUAGAUCUGGGUUAGAAUUGGUCUCAGCAUCCCAUGCUUGUCGCAAGAAGUGACCAAUGGGAUCAGGUGGUCAGGAUCGCUGACUUAGUUGAUGCAUUUCAUCGUAUCCGAAU